GGUCAGCAGCACGGACAGCAGAUAUAAAUCCCUGAUCCUCGUGUAAUGUAAAUUUCACCUAGCAACUGCCUUCUGCGCCUCCUCUGAUUGGCUGCCUUUUAGGGGAACCUACCUCCAUGCGGGGGAGGAUGUUUGGCCUGUUCCUUCUCCCUGUGAGUCUGCUGGUGCCAAGUGUGUGCCUAUCCAGUCACACCCUCCAAUACACUUUCACUCUGAUCUCCAGUUCGGCCAGUCCGACCUACUUCAUUGUGGCGUUUGUAGAUAAAGCCCAGAUAGGGAGGUACACCAGCGAAACGCAGUGGGUGGAGCCUCUGCUGGACUGGAAGAAGGAGCGCCUUGAGCCAAAACACUGGGAAACCAUGACUUUCUGGGGCAGGCAUUACCAAAACUGUCACACCAAGGAUAUGGCCUUUUUUAGGGAUCGCUUUAACCGCACAUAUGGGGAUGGAGGCCAUUACAUUUACCGGGUGAAGUUUGCAUGCGAGGUGGAGGAGGACUGCACUGUCCAAGGUGAUGAAGCCUUUGCCUUUAACGGGAAUGAGUUCACGUUCUUCAAUAAAGACAACAUGCGUUUCGUGGCAGUGAAUUGCGAGGCUGAGGUGAUAGCUCAGGAGUGGAACAGGCAGCAGUUGAGCGCCAUCAAGCACAAGAAGCACAUGGAGCAGGACUACAUUGAGUAGAUGAAGCUCUAGCUGACGUUGGGACGAGGUCCGACGAGAAGAAAGGUCAUUCGCCCCAAGGUGAAGGUUUUCCCUCGGAAGUCGGACAGCGAGACAAAGCUUCACUGCUGGGUGAAUGGCUUCUACCCCCGAGACGUGCUCGUGAGAUGGCUGAGGAACGGGAUCGAGUUGGAGCAACGGGAUCGAGUUGGAGCAACGGGAUCGAGUUGGAGGAACGGGAUCGAGUUGGAGGAACGGGAUCAAGUUGGAGUCGGAGGAGGACAAAGAGAUUCUCCCCUACUCGGUAUUCCUCCCAAUCCUGAGUUUCAUGUUCCUCUCCCCCCGUUCCUUUACAAACAGAGCCCGGGAAAAGAAGCCCCGCCUUAACCGGUAUCGCUUUUGUCGCCGUCGGCAUCGCAGUUGUCGUCAUCGGACUCAAAAUUUCAAGUGCGUAAAGAGAAGUGCAGACAGUGACAAACCCCAUGCGAUUCUGUGUUAUUAUUUUACAGUUUUAUUUCUAUAUCCUCUGCACUCGCCCAUUGUCAUUGUAUUAUGGACA